AUGAGUCCAACCAAUCACAAGCAGUACGAUGCCAAGCUCCUCACCAUGCCUUAUUCUUAUCCCGCCCCCACCUACCACUCGCCAGGGUUCAGCACGGGUCACCAAGCCGGCAUUACCGAGGUGAUCGGGCUGACCAAGCUGCGCACCAAGUACAAGCAAUGCGAGGCGAAGCCCCUUAACAUGCCCUAUUUUCCCUCCCUCCCUCCCCACACCACCUUUGAAACUCCCCAGGGUUCAGCCGGCAUCACCAAGGUGAUCGGCCUCACCAAGCUGCGCACCAAGUACAAGCAGUACGAGGCGAAGCGGCAACUGCUCGGUUCGUACGACCUCUUCCUGGCCGAUAUUGACAUCAUCCACCAGCUGCCCCCCCUUAUUGGCACAAAGUUCUUCAAGAAGAAGAAGCACCCCAUCCCUGUGAAGCUCCGGGGGAAGGAGUGGGCGAAGAGUGUGCGAGAGGCGUGUGACAGCACGUACUUGUAUGUGAGUGGGGGCCCAUCCAUGAGCGUGCGGGCGGCGAGGUUCGGCAUGAGCGAAGCGGAGAUUGUGGGGAAUGUGAUGGCGGUGGUGGCGGGGGCGGUGGAGCAUGUGCCGAAGAAAUGGAAGAAUGUGAGCUCGUUGCAUAUACGAGCCACGGACUCGCUCGCUCUGCCGAUCUACAUGGCGGAGGUUGAUUUGCCGACGAAAAUGGCUGUGAAGGUGGCGGAACGGCAAGGGGAGGAGGAGGGUGUGGAAAGGGCGGAGGGAGGAGGGGAUAAGGAGGUGGGCAAGGGGAAGAGGAGAAGAGGGAGCACAGGGGGUAAAGUGGGAGGUGUGAAGGCCAAGAAGCCGAAAGUAAUGAAGAGGAGGUUGUCGACUUGA